GGGUCCCAGGCAUCGUGCACAGCACCGGGGAGCGCUGGCGGCAGCUGCGCCGCUUUGCUGUCAGCGCCUUGAAGAGCUUCGGCAUGGGGAAGCGCAGCGUGGAGGAGCGCGUCUGCGAGGAGGCCCAGCACCUGCUGCAGCACCUGCGCCAGACCCGAGGUGCGCCCGGCUGCCCCACAGCCGCCCCACAGCCGCCCCAUGGCCCUGACACCGCUGCUUGCCCCCUCCCUCCCGGGGGAGCCCUUCCACCCCACGUUCCUGUUGAGCUGUCCCGGCUCCAACAUCAUCUGCUCGCUGGUGUUCGGGGAGCGCUUCGAGUACUCGGACCGGCGCUUCCUCGCCCUCAUCAACGCCAACUGGAAGCUCAUGAGCUCCACCUGGGGGCAGCUGCUCUUCAUCUUCCCCAACAUCAUGCGCUUCGUGCCCGGGCCGCACCGGCGCAUCUACAGCAACUACCUGCAGCUGGCUGAGUUCGUGGGCGAGCGGGUGCAGAGGAACGGGGAGACGCUGGACCCCGACCACCCCCGCGACUUCAUCGACUGCUUCCUGCUGAAGAUGCAGCAGGAGAAGGACGAGCCCGGCACGCGCUUCACCGAGGACACGCUCUCCAAGACGACCGUCAACCUGUUCUUCGCGGGCACGGAGACCGUCAGCUCCACCCUGAGAUACGGGCUCCGCAUCCUGCUCCGGCACCCCGAGGUGGGAGCCCGGCUCCACGAGGAGAUUGACCGGGUGAUCGGCCGCCACCGCGGCCCCUGCGUGGAGGACCGCGGCCGCAUGCCCUACACCGACGCCAUCAUCCACGAGUUCCUGCGCUUCGCCGACAUCGUGCCCAUGGGGGUGCCCCACACGGCCACGCGGGACGUCCAGCUCCGCAGCUACACCAUCCCCAAGGGCACGAACGUCACCCCGCUGCUCUGCACGUCCCAGUCGGACCCCAGCGAGUUCGGCAACCCGCGGGCCUUCGACCCCGGGCACUUCCUGGACGAGACCGGGCGCUUCAAGCGCAAUGAGGCCUUCGUGGCCUUCUCCGCGGGGAAGCGCCUCUGCCCGGGCGAAGGCUUGGCCAUGAUGGAGCUCUUCAUCUUCCUCACCAGCAUCCUGCAGCACUUCCAGCUCCGCGCCGAGGUGGCCCCGGAGGACAUCGACAUCACGCCGGAGUCCAGCGGGCUGGGGAACAUCCCCCGGCCUUACCGGCUGGCACUGGUGCCGCGCCGAGCCCCACGCCAACACCGCCCCAGACCACGGCAGCCCCCCCUUGCCCCCCAAUAAAA